CAGAGCAGCUGCCUGCAACCAGUGGACAAUCACACAGUUAUCAACCGUGUACAGUAGUAGCCUAUUGCUGUACACAGGACCUCCGGUAACUCGGGAGCAUCACCACACACAUUGCUUUUCGUGGUUGCCUGGGAAUAUGAAGAGGAGACUAUACAGUCAACCGACCAUGAAUACUGUUAAUGUGAUAGUGGAUGUAUUUAGACUAUAACGACGAUGGAUGUAAUGUACAGAAUUAAUACUCUGCAUAGGAGUUCAUGAGUUCACUGCACACAAAGCUGAAAUCGACUGUGGCUGCAGAACGAAAGGUCCCUGAUGUUUUCAGACUUCCCCAAUGGCCCUGUUGAGUGGAGCUGGCAGCUCUGUAAAUGUGACUGGUGUUUUUUUGAGGGUGGAUAACUCAACAGAAGAACAGGAUGCCGACCAUCAUCCUAACUACUAUGCAAUUUUGUAUUCGGCCCUGAUCUUCGCAAUCAUCCUUGGGAAUGUGCUUGUGUGUCUGGCUGUGCUUCGAGAGAAGAGUCUGCAGACUAACACCAACUACCUGGUCGUGAGUCUAGCUGUUGCAGACCUGCUGGUGGCAUCUCUGGUCAUGCCAUGGGUGGUUUAUCUGGAAGUUGUUGGAGGGGAUUGGAUGUUCAGUCGAAUGUAUUGUGAUGUUUUUGUGACACUGGAUGUGAUGAUGUGCACAGCCAGCAUUUUAAACCUCUGUGCUAUCAGCAUUGACAGAUACACUGCAGUAGUGAUGCCCAUUCUGUAUAACACCACGCACAGCUCCAAGAAACGAGUCACGCUAAUGAUCACUGCAGUAUGGAUACUAGCCUUUGUCGUCUCUUGUCCUCUUCUCUUUGGCUUUAAUACCACAGAGCAUCCUAAUAUUUGUUCCAUAUCGAACCCGGAAUUUGUCGUCUACUCCUCGGUCGUGUCUUUCUAUCUUCCCUUCAUUGUGACUCUCCUGGUUUACAUCCGGAUUUAUGUGUUUCUCAGGAAGAGAAGGAAGCGCAUUGCUUUCAGGCAGGCCAGUGAAAAACUCAAAUCGGGAGGUUAUCACCGACCACUGCAAACGUCUCUACAUGCAGAGGGAGUCAAGGACGCGAUACCCAAAGAAGAGAUGGGCCUGUCUCCUAUAAAAAUUGAAGUGGUAAGUAAAACUCAUUUCUCAAAGCAGAAUACCCCCAUACAUAUUUGUAUUAGUAUAUGCUUAGAGAACACCGAGGAACCUGCGCGUGUCAACCUCCACUCCAUCACCUCCUGUCUGAAGCUCAAAAAGCAGAAGGCAGUUCCCUCUGAGAAUAACUUCCUGGCUCCAGUAGACGUGCAGAACGACUGCAGCGUCAGCCAGGCCUCCUUCGCCAGAACAGAGAACGAGGUAGACGGGGAGGAAGAGGUGAGGGAGACCAUCAGCCAGCUGCCCAAGAGGUCCUCUGAAGUGAGGAACCUCCCCAAUGGUAAAACCCGGAUAGCCCUGCAGCCUGUGUCAAAGCGUAGGAACAGGCAGGACAGAGAGAGGAAAGCCACGCAGAUGCUGGCCGUUGUUCUAGGCGUAUUCUUGAUAUGCUGGCUCCCAUUCUUUGUAACGCACAUAGUGAACACUCACUGCAAGCAAUGUCAUGUACCCCCUGAAGUCUACAGCGCUACCACCUGGCUGGGGUAUGUCAACAGUGCCCUCAAUCCUGUGAUCUAUACAACAUUCAACAUUGAGUUUCGAAGAGCGUUUAUCAAGAUCCUUAGCUGCUAGUGUCAUGAUACAAUACAUUUCGCUCUAUAACAUAAUAAGAAGCUGAUUCUAAAUGUAUGUGUUUUGCGAGGUACACACUGUUUUUCAUGCUUUAAAAAAGAAGAAUAUGUCCUCAUAUGGCUUGUCAAUGUUGCAGCUUUAUGGUAAACAAAUGGUUGAAAUGUGAAAACAGUGAAGCAACUGUCAAGAAAGUAUUACGCACACUGGGAUCCUAUUGCGAUUUUAGAAUUGAUUUCUGAAUUAGUCAGUCUUAGACUUUCUGCUUUCUGACUGCUGCUUGCUGUUCUGAUUUAAUUGCGUGAGCCUAUCUACUGAAGAUCAUCCGAGGAUCCUGCACACAGAAUGGAAGCUUCCAUUUUACAGCUGAGCCCUCCCGCCUCAGGUGCUGAAAGGCAAGCAGUCGUCUGUUGUGCUUGCAACGAAGAUGUUGGGAACCGCGUACAUUUAAAAAAAAUGCUUUAAUGCUGGUUCAUUGACUGUACUGUAAGUGGAAAUGGAGCCGGGACAAGCUUUACAACAACACAGUCCAUAUCUCCAGUACUUACAUUGACUUAUUUUUAUUGGGUAUUAUUAGCCAAAUAAUACAUAUAAAAACAUGUAGUGCAAGUUGUUAGUCUGCGGAAAAGCAUAAGCAUAGACCUGAGGUUCCAUGUGUCAAGGUAUAAAACCAUUCCAAGCAGUAUUUAUGGAGAAACGACCUCUCUGUCACAGCCCUUCAGAAACUUCAAAACAAAAAAAGAAAAUCCUGGGUUUAAAAACAGUGUAUCAGGUCAUUUUGUAAAAGGCAGUGUGCUGAGAUGCACUGCCAUGACUGAUUCUGAUCCCUGACGGUAAGGCAAGGUUAAAAGAUCUAUGUGGUCAUGCGAACAAGUCCAGUUGUUUUGUAUAGUGGUUAAGAUAUGUGCUUAAUGGGGUGCAAUUGACCAUCUGCACCCUGUUACACUUGACUUGUGGUUAUAGUUGUUGAAAGCUAGAGACAUUUAAUACCUUUAAAGAGGUUUAAUGUUCAAGCUGGUUGUGCUGUUUUUGUUAUGUGCUAUGAAAAGAUCUUAAGGAAGCAUAUUUAUUUAUUAAUUUAAAGGUGAUGGUUUAGUAUCCCUAUAUUGAUAUUGUGUCCCUUAAGCUCUUGACUUGUUUAUUGUUUUUCAAUGGGAUUAGCCUAUGCUUUGUAUGCAAACAAGAUGUUAAUCUACAAUAUUGUAUAUC